UCUUCUGACUCACCAGUCACCCUAUUCAUAAAUCAGAGCCAUUCAUGAAUAAGCUGCUUUCAGUUGGUUCAAAGUUAGAGCCUUUUCAUCUCUUCAAUUAUCUUCUUCCAUUUUUUUCUCUGCAAAAUUGUACACUUUUUUUUUAUAAACACACACACAAAAAAAUAUGUUUUCCUUGAAAUUAACUUUACUUUUAACACUCUCAUAUUUUUUCAUUUUUUCUGAUCUCAACUUUCAUGGCUUCUCUGUUAAUGCACUUAAUGUUGGUGUUCAAUCUUCAGGUGUUGCCCUAAAACUGGGUAAAGAAUGUAGUAGAAAAUGUGAAUCUGAAUUUUGUUCAGUUCCUCCAUUUUUGAGGUAUGGCAAAUAUUGUGGACUUCUGUACAGUGGAUGUCCUGGAGAAAGGCCUUGUGAUGGGCUUGAUGCUUGUUGUAUGAAGCAUGAUAUGUGUGUGUCAGCUAAAAAUAAUAACUAUCUAAGCCAAGAGUGCAGCAAAAAGUUUAUAAGUUGCAUGGAAAGCUUUAGGUCGGCAGGAGCUCAUAGUUUCAAGGGCAGUACAUGUGAUGCAAACGAUGUUAUUGAUGUCCUCAAAGUUGUCAUGGAAGCUGCUUUACUUGCUGGAGGUGUUUUUAAGAAGCCGUAAUCAUAGAGUUAGUCUUGUAAAAGAUCGCCUACUUUUAAAUUAAAAAUAGGCAAUGACAAUUCCUAUAGUAAAAACAGAUUUAGCAUAAUAGCGAUUAGUUUGAUUUCAUUCAGUAACUAGUUUAAUCCAUUUGGUGAUUAAGUCUACUUAUAUAUUAAAAUUAGAUCGUCUCUUUUAAUAAUUUGUGAUAAUCAUAUUCAUUUUUCUUCUUUUAAGAUUAAUAAAUGUAGGAAAUGAAAAAGAAAAAAAAAGAGCAAAAGACAUUUUAUA